AAGCGGCCACAACUGACUGAACGUUAACGUUGAGAAUGAUCAUCAUUUUUUAAUUAAAUAUAUUUAAAUAAUCGGAAUUACUGAAUUAUUAUCACAACUAAAGACCCGGCAGGGCUCUUUAAAGUGAGCUGAGCGUAUUUGCCGCUUUUAAAAACGGGAGCUGUUUGUUGUUCUUGAUUGAGGACUUGUUGAGAAGAAGACGGUGAAGAUGUCUGAGGGAUGCUGAGCUCCAUCAUCAUCCGAGCCAACAUGGCCGCGGAGGAGCUCGCCCUGUAGCACCACAGAGACGCGGAAUAGAACAACACAGAUGAAAUGGCGUUUAUGUCCCGGUUCUCCCGGUCCCGGAGCAGCUCCAGAUCCCCGAACCGAAAAGACUCCGAGCGAGGAACCCCGAUCCUGACCGUGUCCGAGCUGGAGAGGCUACUCUGCACGGGAAAAACAGCGUGCAACCAUGCAGACGAAGUGUGGCCGAGGCUUUAUAUCGGAGAUCAAGAUAUCGCAUCAGACCGACGUGAGCUCGGCAAACUCGGCAUCACGCACAUCCUGAACUGUGCUCAGAGCAAAUGGCGCGGUGGAGCCGAGUACUACGCCGGGAUGAACAUCACGUACCACGGCAUCGAGGCCCACGACUCCCCGACCUUCGACAUGAGCGUCAACUUCUACCCUGCGGCCGAGUUCAUCCAUAAAGCUCUCACAAGCGGAGGUAAGGUGUUAGUCCACUGCACGGUGGGGGUGAGCCGCUCGGCGACCCUUGUUCUGGCGUACCUGAUGAUCAGACAGAACCUGACGCUGGUGGAAGCCAUCAAAACUGUGAAGGACCACCGAGGAGUCAUCCCCAACCGAGGCUUUCUCCGGCAGCUCAACGGCCUGGACGGCAUCCUGAGAGAGAGCCGUAAGACGUCCCCGCAGAGCUGAAAACCCCCCUCAACACACACACACACACACACACACACACACACACACUCACACAUACACACACACUCACACAUACACACACA